AUGGCACCACUGACUGCAGAAGAGCUGCUCAAGCACCCAGAAUAUCCACACACCAUCUGGGACCUCAAGCCAAGCCACAAAGGCAAAGCUGUUGUUGCCAAAGAUCGUGGAGGUCCCUUCAAUAUCGCUUAUGAAAUCCAUGGCCAUGGCGAUCGACACCUCGUGUGGGUCAUGGGCCUUGGAGGCAUGAAGUACGGAUGGCAACGUCAGACCAAGGACUUUGCUCAUACCAAGGGCGAUCAGUACUCGUCGCUGGUAAUCGAUAAUCGGGGAAUUGGAGACUCGGAUAAACCCACUGCCCGGUACUCGACGUCCGAAAUGGCAAAGGACAUUGUUGAAGUCAUCAACCACAUCGGCUGGACUGGCGAGCGCGAGAUCCACAUCAUUGGCAUCAGCAUGGGUGGCAUGAUUGCCCAGGAACUUGGCUUCCUAGAAAACCUCAUUAAUCGCGCCAACCUCUUCAUACCCAAGUCUCUUGAUGCGCAGAUUGAAGGCGUCAAGAAGAAUCUUUACACCCAGGAAUGGCUCGACGCGCCUGACACUCUUGAGCCUGUGGUGGAAGCGUUUCCUACGAAUGGCGACCGCUUUGCAGCAAAUGAGCUCUGGAAACGUCAGCACCCAGAAUACUUUACCAAGGCUGGUUUCAUGCUACAAGCCGUAGCCGCAGGUUGGCAUCACAAGAGCCCAGAACAACUACAAGAGAUUGCGAACAAGGUAGGAAAGAACAGAAUCAUGGUUGUGCACGGAACCAAGGAUCGCAUGUUGACGUUUCCGCUUGGUGUGGUGCUUUGGAGAGGACUGGAAAAAGGCGAGGGCGUCACAGGCAAGGAGAAUUGGCUAGGCAUUGAGGAAGAAGAGGACAUCUGGGAACAAGGCGAGAUUGAGAAGCACUUCAUCAAGGGCCAGGGUCACGUGCUACCGGUAGAGAUGCGACAAGAGUUUAAUGGAUGGGUUAAGGCAUUGAUCGAGAGGGGCGAGCGACUCAAUAAGGGAUUGUAG